CCGGUCCACGCGGCGCGCAGACAGGGGGGGAAGGGGACAGAACAGGGAACGUCGCGCUCGGUGGUCACAGGCGGCCUCGCCCGGCCGGCGGCGCCCGGCGGAGGAAGCCCCCCCGCGCUGUUGGCCGAGCCCUCCCCGCGCGGGUCGCCGGCCCCGGGAGCGGGCGGCGAGCGGUUGGUCCGGAGGGCCGCCCCCCUCCCCCCCCGGCCGGCGCAGUGGGAGGCGCCCGGGCGCGCGCGUCACCCAUUGUUUACAAACCAACGCCAGCGGGCCGAGCUCCAGCCGCGACCGCAGCGCCGGAGCCGCGUGUGCUCGCGCGCGCGCGGGGCGGCGGGCGGGCGGCGGCCCCGGUCCCGCUGCGGCGGCUGCGGCGCGGCGGGGACCCGGCAGAGAUGCCGUGCCGGCCGGGCGAGCGCUUCCUGCUGCUGGAGCGCCCGGUCGCCGUGGGACAGGCGGGCUCCAAGGAGGUGGACGCGCUGGUGGCCAAGCUGGGCGAGGUGCUGCAGCUGAGCGCCCAGCGGGCGCCGCCGCCGCCCCGCGCCCCCAAGCACCUGGGGCCGGGCAGCGCCCGCGACCGCGCCGCCCCCUACUCACCGCGCUGCUGCGGCGGGGCCGGGGCCGGGCUGCUGGCGCCGCGGGGACCGGCCCCGUCGCAAGCUCACUCGCAACACGUCGAGGCGCCGCGGCCGGACCGGAGCGGCCAGCAGCGGGUGACCAAGCAGCUGUGCGGACGGGGCUGGCUGCGGAGCGCCGCCCGCCGGAGGAAGCAGCCCCCGCCGGGGCCGGGCGACGGGCCGGCGGAGGAGGAGGACCCGCACCGGCUCCUGCAGCAGCUCAUCCUUUCCGGCAACCUCAUCAAAGAAGCCGUCCGGCGGCUGCAGCUGGCGGCGGCGGCGGCGGCAGCGGCGGCAUCCGCGGCCUCCAGCGGCAGCGCCUCGGCGGGGAGCGGCGGCGCGGACGGCGAGGCGGCGGCGGCGGCGGCGGUGCAGCCCCUGCAGUAGCCGGCGGGGCCGGGCGGCGGCGGUGCCCGGGGCGGAGGAGCCCCCGCCGGGCGGGCUGCGGAGCGCGGUGCGGGCUCCGCCAGGCUGUAAGUGCGUCCCGGCGGCGCGGCCCCGGUGCCGGUGC